AUGAAUCGUAUGCCCACAAAAGAAGAGAUUCAAAAAAUAGUUACUCGCUGGCAUCAAUUAAGAGAACAAUAUGGUGAUCAAGUUGUUAAUGUUCCUGAAUUUACUCAAUUGAAUAAAACUAUAAAUACUAUUAAACAACAUCAACAACAACUACAGCAACAAUUUCAGCAGCAACAACAACAACAACAACAACAACAACAACAACAGAAUUUAAAUAAGCAAGCAGUACCGCAGCAAACUCAACAAUCACCACAACAGCAACAGCAGCAACCACAACAACUACAACAGCAACAACAACAGCCUCCACAACAACAGCAACAGCAGCAACAACAACACAACCGUCAAAUUUCUCUGCAUGGAACGCCUCAACGACAACAUCUUGCGCCACCGACACCUCAACAAGCUUUUGGAAAUAAUGAUAAUAAUAAUUCAAUCCCUAAUCUGGCACACUUUUCUAAUCCUCCAACCCAAUCACCUGCUAUGGGGAAUUUAAAUCACUCAGCUAAUGGAACACCUUUAACCCAGAACUCGAAUUUAGCUGCAAAUGCUCCAAGUAGAAAUAAUCAUAACUUCGUCAAUGAUAGAUUUCCACCACAAUUUAUUAAUAAUAAUCAAGACUUACAAAACAAUGGAUCUCAACCACUACAAUCGCAAAUGCCAAACCAAAUACCAAAUAAUAAUUGGUUGAUGAAUCAACAACCACCUAUGAAUAAUUCUGAAUCAGCUUUCACAAGUCAGCAGCAAAAUCUUUUCAGAUCUCAAGUUCAAGCAAUAAAAUACUUAGUUAAAUCUAAUCAAAAUCCUAUACCUCAAAAUUUAUUAGCUUUUGUAACAAAUCCUAGCUCGUCUUACCCAAAUGAUGGAUAUUUACAAUCAACUGCCCCAAAACUGAAUAACAUUAAUGUUGAUUUGAAUCAACAACAAUUCCCACAACAAGCAAUUCCUCCAUCAACACAGCUUCCACAAAAUCUAGGAACGCCUAAUAUACCGAAUAAUACGAACAACGAUGUUGUGAAACCUGAACCAGAGAAAAAGAAAGGUAAGAGAGGUCCAAAACCUAAGAAUAAGGAUCAACCGAAAAAAAUGACGAAGAAACAAAUGAGAGAAGAAGAACAAAGAUUAGCUGCAGAAAAGCAAAGACAAAUGCUAGAAAAUCAAGUUCAGCAAGACCUGCAAGUACCUCCUCAGCAACAAGAGCAACUACCACAACAACAACAACAACAGUCGCUUCAACAGCAUCAACAGCAUCAACAGCAGCAACACCAACAAAUGCGUCAAGUUCCACAAAAUGGUCCCAUUCAAAAUCCAAAUCAAUUUCAACCACAAAUGAAUGGUCCAACAAAUACACAUUUAGCUACUUCUCAGCAACCUCAACCACCUCAGCAACCUCAGCAAUCUCCAUAUAUAUUUGCUAAUCCAUCACCACCUGUGUUAUUAAGCAAAGUGAUAGAUGAGAAGAAUAAAGAUAAAAAAAUUAUUGUUCCUAUCACUGAACCAAUAAUAGAAGUUGAUACAUUCCAAAUUGCUGACAUAGUUGGUGAACAUGCGAAAGAUGUUCCAUUAAGUACUUUAUAUCUUCCUCAGAGUAGAUUUCAGAUUCCAUCCUUGAUGCCUGAUACUAUAGACAUGGGUCAAAUCGCAAUAAAUAAAGAAUUAAGUAUGUUGCUUAGAAUCGAGUUGGAGAAAGAUUCAAUCAAAAAAGAGUUAUCCAUAAUACAUGAUGAAGAGUCCGAACAAAAGCAUCAAUUACAAACCAAACUCAACCUGUUGGAGUUAAUAGCCAAUCAGAAAGAAGCAAGAGGUAAAGUUCUUACUCAAAUGUGGUUCAAUAAAUCCUUAUUACCAAAUUCACAUCCAAAUUUCUUAGCAAGAUUCAAUACCUUAUCAAUGGAGAGUGUUGCAUUAACUAUUGAUUUAUAUAGAUCGCAAUUAGAAUCUCAAAUGAAAGAGCAGUCGAAGAAGCAUACCAUGGUAGUCGAGCAAGUCCUUAGCUCAACAAAUAGGACCACCAUCAAAUUCAACAAAAAACAAGAAAAAGUCACUAGAUUUAUUAACAAAGUUUCCAAUUUUCAUGCUCAAACUGCUAAAGAAGAACAAAAGAAACUUGAGAAAAUGGCUAAACAACGUUUACAAGCUUUGAAAUCGAAUGAUGAAGAAGCUUAUUUGAAACUUUUAGAUCACACAAAAGAUACAAGAAUUACUCAUUUGUUAUCUCAAACUAAUCAAUUUUUGGAUUCAUUAGCUCAAGCUGUUCAAACACAACAAAAAGAAGCUCAGGAGAGAAAUAACAAUCGGGUUGAGGAGGAAUCUUCUACUGCCGCACCUAAUGAGGACGAAAAAAGAGAGAAAACAGAUUAUUAUAAUGUUGCUCAUAGAAUUAAGGAAGAAGUCACAAAACAACCUUCGAUUUUAAUUGGAGGAACUUUGAAAGAAUAUCAAUUGAAAGGUUUACAGUGGAUGGUAUCAUUAUUUAAUAAUCAUUUAAAUGGUAUAUUAGCGGAUGAAAUGGGUCUCGGUAAAACUAUUCAAACAAUUUCGCUAUUAACAUAUUUGAUUGAGGUUAAAAAAAUAUCGGGACCAUUUCUCGUUAUUGUUCCAUUAUCCACAGUCACAAAUUGGAAUCUCGAAUUUGAAAAAUGGGCACCAUCGGUCAAAAAAAUCACAUAUAAGGGUACUCCAAAUCAAAGAAAGGUUUUACAACAUGAUAUCAAAAUGGGUAAUUUCCAAAUUCUUUUAACUACAUUUGAAUACAUUAUCAAAGAUAAAGGUUUAUUAGGUAGAGUCAAAUGGGUUCAUAUGAUUAUCGAUGAAGGUCAUCGUAUGAAGAAUGCAAAUUCAAAAUUGUCUGAAACUUUAACUACAAACUAUCAUAGUGAUUAUAGGUUAAUUUUAACGGGUACUCCAUUGCAAAAUAACUUACCAGAAUUAUGGGCAUUGUUGAAUUUCGUUUUACCUAAAAUUUUCAAUUCAGUCAAAUCUUUUGAUGAAUGGUUUAAUACACCUUUUGCAAAUACUGGAGGUCAAGAUAAGAUUGAAUUAAGUGAAGAAGAAACAUUAUUGGUUAUCAGAAGAUUGCAUAAAGUGUUGAGACCAUUUUUGUUAAGAAGAUUGAAGAAAGAUGUUGAAAAAGAUUUACCAAAUAAAAUUGAGAAAGUUGUUAAAUGUAAAAUGUCCUCAGUUCAAGCCAAACUUUAUCAACAAAUGUUGCGUCAUAAUGUGUUAUAUGCUGGUGAUUUAGAAGAUGAUAAUGCUGUUAUCCCAAUCAAAAAUGCAAAUAAUCAAAUAAUGCAAUUGAAGAAAAUUUGUAACCAUCCUUUUGUAUACGAGGAUGUUGAGAAUUUCAUUAAUCCUACUGCUGAAAACAAUGACUUGAUUUGGAGAGUAGCAGGUAAAUUUGAAUUAUUGGAUAAAGUUUUACCAAAAUUUAAACAAACUGGACAUAAAGUUUUGAUAUUUUUCCAAAUGACUCAAGUAAUGGAUAUUAUGGAAGAUUUUUUGAGACUAAGACAAAUGAAAUAUAUGAGACUUGAUGGUGGUACAAAAGCAGAUGAUAGAACCGAAUUGUUAAAAUUAUUUAAUGCUCCAGAUUCUGAUUAUUUUUGCUUUUUGUUGUCAACAAGAGCUGGUGGAUUAGGUUUAAAUUUACAAACAGCAGAUACUGUUAUCAUUUUCGAUACUGAUUGGAAUCCACACCAAGAUUUACAAGCACAAGAUAGAGCACAUAGGAUUGGACAAAAGAAUGAAGUUAGAAUAUUGAGAUUAAUUACUGAAAACUCAGUUGAAGAAAUGAUUUUGGAAAGAGCACAUGCAAAAUUGGAAAUUGAUGGGAAAGUUAUUCAAGCUGGUAAAUUCGAUAAUAAAUCAACUGCUGAAGAACAAGAGGCAAUGUUGAGAGCAUUAAUUGAAAAAGAGGAUGAGAAAAGACAAAGAGGUCCUGAUGAAAAAGAGGAAGAUUUGGAUGAUGAUGAGUUAAACCAAAUAAUUGCAAGAAAUGAAGGUGAAUUGGAAACUUUUAAAAAAUUGGAUGAAGAAAGAUAUCUUGCCACGAGAGAUGCUUCCUAUCCAACUAGAUUAUUAUCUGAACAAGAAUUACCACCAAUAUAUAGAAAAGACCCAGAAGAAGUUUUGAAAAAAGAAGAUAUUGUCACAGAAGAUUACGGUCGUGGUGCUAGAGAAAGAAAAACGACUAAGUAUGAUGAUAACUUAACUGAAGAACAAUGGUUGAAACAAAUUGAUGGAGUUGUUUCAGAUAAUGAUAGUGACAGUGUCGAAGAAGAUUUUGAAAGUGAUGAUGAGAUCAGACCAUCUUCAAGAAAUGCUGGUAGAGGAAGAGGAGGUUCUCGUGGCCGUGGACGUACUGGAAGAGGACGUGGAGGUAGAUCUAGAAUCACUUCUGAUAGAGAUGAUAGUGCAACUGAUAAUGGUGAAGAUUCUUCAUCAUCCAAACGUUUAGCUGAAGAUGACAUCGAACUUUCCAACAAUCCAAAGAGACAAAAAAAUGGCACUCCUGAUAUAGCAACAAAUCCCGAGACUUCAACUCCAUCAACCGCCAAUGAAACAUCAUCAAUCAAAUCAGAUCCAAGUACUGCUGUUAAAGCACCAAGUACUAGAGGAAGAGGUGGUGGUAGAGGAAGAGGUAGUCGUGGAAGAGGUGUUGGACGUGGUAGAGGUAGAGGCAGAGGCUCAUUAUUAACGAGAACCGCUCCAUCAAUUGAUCCCUUGACACCAGAUGAAAGAGCUAGAUUACAAAAUCAAAUUGAAAAUAUUUUAGGACUCAUAAUGAACCAUACAGAUGGUGAAGGUAGGAAAUUAAGUGAUUUGUUCUUGGUUAAACCUUCCAAAAAGUUAUAUCCAGAUUAUUAUAUAUUGAUCAAACAUCCAAUAGCCCUUGAUGUCAUAAGGAGAAAUGCUUCGACAAAUACCUACACUAAAAUCAAAGAUUUUUUGGAAGACAUCCACUUAAUGUUUAGCAACGCUAAGAAAUAUAAUGAAGAAGGGUCAUUUGUUUAUCAAGAUGCUGUUACUUUAGAGAAUAUUUGUAUUAAUAAAUUAAAAGAAUUGUGUUCAUCAACAUUAACACAAGAACAAAUUGAUGAACUAUUAAACUUUUCACAAUUUGAUGAAAUGUUUUUAUAA